AGGAAAGUCCAUUACCGUCUCAGCACUUGCUACAAAUCUACAGACCAUUCAACACGAAAACUCAAAUCCCCCGCUAGAAAACACAAGGAAAACGUCUGAAAAUUCAUCAGACCAGAUACCUAAAAACACGUCAAAUCGAUGAAACGUUCGGGAGUGGUCGAGGAAAGUUAAUCACAGACUGGUCCAGCUGAAAAUCGUGUGAAAUACGGAGAGAUGAGGAGACGGAUGGUGCGCAUACACGGCGAUUUCCGCUACUCACGCAAAGCAAAUGGUCUUCUCCUAUAUCAUUUUCUUCACAUUCGACGAAAGGAUUCAUUUCCUUCCGAAUUCUCACCCCUGUACAACCCUCAGGCCUUUCUGCCCCAAUUUUCGUUGGGAUCAAUUCUUUCCGAGCUUAAAACAGAAGCUUUCCGAGCUGAAAACAGGGCAGGAUUGAGCUUAAAACAGAGCAGGAUUAUAUAUAACAGGGUUAGUCAUGGCAGAAGCCCUUAGGGUUUAUCCGGGAAAAAAAGAUGUGGAGAAGGCUGCGUGGAGAAGUCCGCCGCCCAGUGCUCCUCUGGUUCCCAAAUCGAACCCCGGGGCCGAAAAUUUUGAUCCCUCUGCUAAUUCAGGCCAGGGUAUUGAGGGUCAAUUUCCCACGGGAAUUUCCUAGAUUUUACUCCCACCCUCCAAAGCGCCGCCAGAAUUUCUGCUGUCUUUGCCUCAUCUGGACAUUAUAUUUCCUGUUGCUCCUAAUUGUCGCCACUGUCAUAGCUGCCGCCAUUCUUUACUCUGUCUUCCAGCCCAGAAUUCCCAAAUACUCUGUCGAUAAAUUUCAAAUUACCAGUUUCGCCCUCGGUCCAGACGCUACUGUUUCUUCGCAGUUUGGGAUGGUUGUGAGAGCGAGGAAUCCGAAUGAAAAGAUCGGCAUAGAUUACUUGGAAAACAGCUAUCUUGGAGUUUUCUACAUCGGCACAGAGCUCUGCAGGGGCAAAUUGCCUGCUUUUUAUCAGGGCCACGGGAGUACUGAUAAUUUAAACGUUAAUCUCACUGGAAAUCAGGUCCACAUUACCAGUGAGAUGGUUUCGUCGCUGACUGCACAGCGGCAACAGGGAAACAUUCCUCUGCGUUUGAAGGCGGAUGUUCCCGUGAAGAUCGAGUUUGGGAAACUGAAAACCAUGAAAAUCACUUUCCGCCUGCGUUGUGAUCUUGUGGUCGACAGACUGGAUGAUAACACCAGUGUCGACAUUAGCAGGAAGAAAUGCAAGGUGAAGCUUUGAGCACACGGAUUGGACUGGUAGAUUGUUCUGUUCUGUCUAUUUUUUUAAUCUUGACUGCUUUGCUGAAGAGGAUCAAGCGAGGAAUUUGUUAUUCGAUCAUGGUUUCGCUGCAAUUUUUUCUCUUUUUUUCUGUUCUUUUAGUUCAGUGAUUCAUCUAUAGCAUCACUCAUACAUUAUAUUGCAAUCUGCACCUUGAAUCUGUGUAGUUCUGGUUGUAAACAUGAGUUUUUUUUCAAAAA